CGCGUAUGGCCACGAAGAGCAGAGCGGCAUCGAGAGGCCUCAGUGUAAGAGAGGCGUCGGUGGAGGACGCAGUGGUGACGAACUCUUCGAAAAGUGAGAAGAAGAAGAGCGGCGUGUGCGAGGGAGGAGAAUCGAGAGAGCGGAGAGAAAGAGAGAUAGAUAGGGGAGGGGAGCGCACACCGACGUCCCGAACGAUCUCUCACGAACGAACGAUCGACUGAAAUUACUUUUUCUUACUUUAAUCCCCCAAGUGUCCUUUCGUAACCACCAUCCCUCCCCCCUACGAAGACGAGUUCGCUCGUUGUUUCCCAUCGAUCCUUCAUCCCCCGCCUUACCCCAAGUUAUUUUCCUUUGUUUACUUUCUUUCGACGACGAAACGAAUACAGAACGAAUAACCGAUACCUCGAGCUAUGGCAGCCACCGCCAUGGAUCCAGUCGACAUUGCUAAUAUCCUCGCGCAGGAACUGCUUUAUCAGCAGUUGGUAUCCCUGGACGGAUUACACAGCGGAGUGCCGACCAGAACGACGCCGACUUUGACGCCGACGACGCUUCGUAGCAUCGAGCAGACAUUCUUGGAGCUGACCAGCGAGUCAGCGUCGCAUAGUCGCGAGGCAGGGUUCGUGCCACCGUUGGUCGAACCCUCGCAGCCGACGCCGGCACAAACGCAGAACACGACGGCGCAUCACACGAUCAUCACCACCGCUGGCCCCGUGGCCACCAACACCACCCUCGUGGAGAGCCAUCAGACGCAGCCGCAGCAGCCGACGAGGCGCAACAUGGGCGGCAGGAGGCCCACCAGGACGAUCGGUAUGACCCCCGAGGAGGAGGAGCGACGACAGAUACGCCGUGAAAGGAACAAGAUGGCAGCAGCCAGAUGCCGCAAGCGAAGAAUGGAUCACACCAAUGCCUUGUUAGAAGAGACUGAGGACUUGGAACAAAAGAAACAAAGCUUGCAGGAAGAGAUCCAUCAGCUGCAGCAGGCCAAAGACGAGCUGGAGUUCAUCCUGGAGGCGCACAGAGCGGUCUGUCGGCUUCGUUCCGCGUCGCCGCCGGACGUGAAGCCCGUGAUAAAGCCCGAGCUUCCGGUGGAGGAGCAGUUCGUCGCCAGCCCGAAACGCGAUUCGAUGCACGCCGCGCGACCAAACAGACCGAACUCGUUGCCGGUCGGCUUCGAUAACAAUAACCGGCCGAAUUCCUUGCCGAUCUUCACCGAACCGAAAGAGAGGCCCGAUUCUCUGACGUUCAAGACCGUGGAGACGCCAUCUUUCAUGAAACCGUCGCUGGACAUCGCGGGGAUGCCGAUCACGACGCCGACUAGCGGCAUACCGUUCAACUUCGAGUCGCUGAUGGAAGGUGGCACCGGUUUGACUCCAGUCUCCACGCCUCUGAUACCAUCCUGCUCGACGCAACAGAGAAACAAUCUGGCCGCGGUGGACCUCAGCUCCCCGGACGCGAAUCCGCCGAAACUCGUGAGCUUGUGACGCCAAGAAGGCCUCGAGUACGGAUCGAACGAGGAUGAUCCGGAAUGAAGGGAACGCUGUCUUUACCACUACUUUGUAUUGCGGAUGAAUCGUAAAAAAAAAACUGUACAGGAGGAAGUGGAACCAUGACGCAAGAGGGCCAGAGCUUGACGAAUUCUUUUCUACAUCACCAGUUGCCAUACGUUGACCACGGGAAUAAUAAUAUCAUCGAUCUUGUCGGGCAGUAUUAAACGUGACCCUCUCUGCAACGGGAUUUAAACCCUUCUCUCCCUGAAUCUUUGAACCUCGAAGAACGAGAAUCGUACAUUUUGUUCGUCGACCGACGGAGAAACGCCGUACGAUGCAUUUCCGAUGACUCGUUUGUAAAGAAGAAAAAAAAAAAAAGAAAAAAAAAAAAGAACACGUUGCAAUAAAAAAGGAUGUCGUUGCAUUGUUAUCAUUGAUUGUAUUCGACGAACAUUACAGGAAGCGAGACACGAAACUGUUACCGUUAUCAUGAGAUUCUGGUAACUUUCGACUCCCCCCCCACCACUCUCGAUCGUGUCUCUCGACGAGAUCUCGUCGCAUCGAAACUAAUUCAGUAUUCGCGUUUGUCAUGGAAUUUUGUCCAUUCGGAGGAAGCUUGUUGAUAACUUUUUACAAAUCUCCGCGGAGUGAAUUUUCGAUUAAUUUUUGAGGCUAAAAAAAGAAGUUUUUAUUCUUGUUAUCGGGUUUCAAGGGGCGUGAAUCGGUAGCGGGAAGACAUUAUUCGAAGAACCAAGUAUUUUUUGUGCAUCUUAAACCCCCUCGGGAAUAUAGUCGCGAACGAUAGCGGUAUCUACGCGCGCAAGUGAUAUAUAAUUGUAUUUAACUCGUAAACGUUUCGCGUAAAUAAAUUAGAAUGUAAUAACGGAACGUACGAGGUAAGAUUGUCAUUUUUCUUUUUAUUUUUUUUGUUUUUUUUUUUUGUUUUUUUUUUUAAAGAAAUCGAAUUAAAAGGGAAGAAUUUUAUACGAGUGAUUAUUAUACACCGGGCGAGAACCGCGUAGGACGUUUUUAAGGCAAUCGUUUUUAGCGCUCAAAAGAACCUUUUUGUAGGUUAAGGAUUGUCGUGUCGUCUUUGAAUUGCGCCUUUAACCAUCCAAUCUUUGCGUCGCACAAUUCAAAGGUAACCAUUAAAGCGGCUUAACGACGAUAAACAUUACAUACACGUAUAUAUAUAUAUAUAUAUAUACACAUACACAUAUAUAUUUUAUUGGAGACUUUGCGGAUGCUUUAUUGUGCAUUCGUUUGCCUUUCGACUCGUCCAAAGCCGCUUUUAUGCAAUACGAAAAAAGAUUUAUGUGCAACUGACGUGUUUGCAAGUCUCACCCCAUAACAUUUAAUCCCUCCAUACAUAUAAUAUAUACACAUACAUAUAUUUUACUAUGUAUGACAUUUUUGCAUGAUCUUAAGCAAUAUUAAUAUAUUUAUACACGACUGCCGAUUGCAAGGCUGGUCGGUGUCUCGAUGGAAGGCUUUCCGUUUUCUUUCCUUUUUCCUCGUAACGACUCGUCGAUAAUAUUUCUACAAGCUGGUCGAUUUCGAACCAGCCUUGCAAUCGGCGGCCGGGAUCGAUGAUCGUUUAAGAAAGAUUGUAACGACACCAUUGAUAAUGCUGCAAUAUAUUUUAAUUAGAUCGAACGAAUACAGGAGACCGGAACAUGUGUAAUUUGUCGAAAACAAUAACGAUGUUCCCAUCGAAUAAAUUGUUACUUGUAUUAGCUGUAAGCAUUAGCUGCUGGCUAUGGCGUGUCUCAUAAAUGCAGCGUUCUGUCGGAAGUAAAUCGAAAUGUGCAAAUAACUCUUACGUUGGAGUGAUCGUAUUUUCAUCUUUGUAUAGUUGAACUGCUGAUUUCUUAAUACAAACGAUUUCAUAAAAAUAA